AUGUUUGUAAAAAUAAAGACUCUCGAGGGCACGGAGGUCCAGCUACGCAUAGAUCAGAAGAUGAAAGUCAGCGAAGUCAAGCGAUUGAUUGAAGAAAAAGAAGCAAUUUCAGUUGAACAGCAGCGAUUGAUCUUUGCCGGCAAACAAUUAGUAGAUGCUAACGAAAUAGAAAUCUAUGGCAUAAAGAAUGACGAUGUCUUACAUUUAGUUUUGGCAUUACGAGGUGGAGUUAGUUGGGGUUAG